CUGAUUCCAUUCAUCUCCGUUACCCCUUGAAAUUCCCCGGUUACUCAUUAAGAAUCCAGAUAAAUAAAUGAUAAAUAUUAUUUAAAAAUGCCGGGUGGCGUUGUCUUUCUCGUCUGCAUUCCAACAUUAUCGCAUGAGCACCAAUUGAUCUUCGGAAUCCCAGUAAAAGUGUCGAAGAAGAAUGAGAAGCCUUCAUCGAAAAUUGGAGCAAAGGUUGAUCUGAGACUGAAAGAAAUGAGAAGCCGGGAUUUGAUUACGAUUGGGGAUGACUCUGACGGUGAUAUUGAUGAUGGAGACGAGAACGAGGCUACUGAGCCGACUUUUAACGCGAGGAAGAGACUGAAAACUCGACUAGGUUCUCCAGGGCCUAGUAGAACGAAUGAAUCUCCGGUUUUUGUGCCCAUGGAAACUGUUCUGGAUGAAUUAUUGAAGAAGCUGAGGGUAGAACAUGUCGUGUGGUGCAAAGAUAAGGGGAAUAUGUAUUAUGAAGUCAUUUUUCCAGUACCUGCUGGAGAUCCCUGUGAGAAUUGCCUGCACUGUUUGACUGAGAUGGGGAUCGGGAGGCGAAUGAAUUCUAUUGUGAGUGUGAUCCCAACGCAAUGCACGUACAGCAGUAUGAACAGUUCAGGUCCCCUGCCCCUGCCCGCGAAUCUCGCACAGAAGAAAGAAGAUGCUGAAGAUCGUAGGAACGCCUGGGAGGCCUUUGUAGGCUCCAUCCGCUCAAAAUUAACGGUGAAACAAGUCGUGGAUGGAGUUCGAAGUGGGGGUGAUCUCACAUUCGAUUAUAUUGCCCUCGUGGUAACCGCAGAUUGUCUAGCGGCACUUGGACUUGUUGAAAACAGUGCUACUAAUGUCGUCGCUGCGAUGCUCGUGUCUCCACUCAUGGGGCCAGUGAUGUCGCUCACAUUCGGGACAAUAAUCGCAGACAAGGAUUUAAUAUGCAUUGGAUUGAAGAGCUUGCUCCUUGGCAUAUUUAUUUCGAUUUUAUUUGGAUUUAUUUUUGGACUCCUUCUGGGAACCACCGAGAUGCCUUGGGGAUACAAUGAUUGGCCGACAGAUGAAAUGAAGGGAAGAGGAAAUUAUAGAUCACUAUGGAUGGGCAUUCUCUGGGCUCUACCUUCAGGCACGGGAGUAGCUGUUGCUCUCCUCCAAGGAAGUAAUGGUCCACUAAUUGGUGUAGCUAUUUCCGCAUCAUUGUUACCACCAGUUGUCAAUUGUGGUCUUUUCUGGGCUCUUGGCUGUAUCUGGCUGAUAUAUCGCCCCAUAAAAAUGCCCCAUAUGAAAGGAGAGUCAUACACAGACUUGAACAGUUCCUACGUAUACGUCUACACGGAUUAUCUCCCUGUCGAGUUUUUCUGCAAUGGGAUAAUUAGCGCCUGCUUGACCUUCAUCAAUGUCAUGUGUAUUUUUAUCACUGCGAUAAUCGUACUCAAGAUCAAGGAAGUUGCAGCACCGUACACUUCAACGCCUGAAUUACGAAGAUUCUGGCAGCAUGAUAUCAGAAUGGCGAGGGACAAAAAUACAUCGAGGGAUGUCAGUUCAGUGGACUCGAGCUUUUAUGAAGGAUUGAGUAAACCUAAACAACGGGCUUUGGAGAGGACUUUAAAUGAAGCUGUGAGGGAAGCUAUGAAUGACGAAACAUUCAGGGAAGUCAAGAGGUUGAGCUAUGGACAACAUGGACCCGACGAUAUUACACCGAGAUUGGGACUCGGUGUAAACCCUCCCGGCCCUUCCCACCAGCAAGACAUGGGUCCGUCCCACCCAGCGGAAGGUUUGUCAAACCCAGAGAACACCAGUGAAGACUUGGCAGCGCUAGAUCGGCUUAUAACGUAUCUCCUCGGUCAACAAAGCGGUAACCUAGAGAAUUGGCGACGUUCCCGAAGAAUGAGUGCUCGUGGCUACCGUCAGCUACGACCUAAUGUCAUUGAUUCUGGUGCCAACACACGUGUACCCAACAUUGGCACAACGCGCUUGAUCUAGGGCUGAAGUCACAAUUUUAACACUGGGAAAGGCGUAAGCGAUCGAGUGAACACCUGACUCUGCCAUCAAAAGAGAAACCACAAGAAUAUUCUCCUCGGCAACAUCGUGAUCUAGGAGAACUCUUAUCGCCAUCAUUGCUGCUGCUCCUGUAGCCACUGUUGCGUCCAUUAAAAUGACUCUGUAGUCCUUGAUAUCCUUUGGAAGACGUUGAUAGUAUAGCUGAAAUAAUAAUGGAAAUGAUGAUGUGAG